UUACUUUUCUACUUUAACUUCUACUUGUCAGAUGUUUCCAUUAAAGUGUAUUAAUGAUUGUGCACAUUGUCAUUACAUUCAUGAAUGAUUUAAGACGUUCAGCCUGGACUCGUCUGUGGUGGAGGUCGUAGUAACACCUCCGCCUUCGCUCCUGAUAACUCAGUUACACCCCCACCUCCCUCCACCAACCCCCCAGGGACCGUUAGAGCAGAGGACAAAGACGCUUUUCAGGACUCCAGGAUGACUCACUAUGAGGACGGACUUGCUGUCGCCUUCCUUCUACUAACACACUUCAUUGGAGGUGGUUCUCUGCCAAUCGAUCCACCUCAGCUGGUCACGGCGAUGGUCGGUGAUGACGUCGUUCUGCCCUGUCUGCUGGACCCCCCCCCGGAUGCUGUUUCCAUGACGAUGGAGUGGGGGCGAGCGGACAUGAAGCCCAGAUUCGUCCUCGUGUGGCACGACGGAAAGGAGCUGCUGACUGGCCAGAACGAGGCCUUCAAGGGCAGAACUUCACUGUCCAUCAGCGGGCUGAAGCGUGGGGACGUCUCUCUGAAGCUUUCCUCCGUGAAGGUGUCUGACAGCGGGACGUACCGGUGCUACCUCCAGAAACCCAACCAGGAGCAUCUGGUCCAGCUGCUUGUAGGUGCGGCCUCGUCUCCUGCCAUCAGCCUAGCAGGCCUCCACCUGGCCAGCAGCGCAGUGCUUCUUCACUGUGAGUCCAGAGGCUGGUACCCGGAGCCGGAGCUGCUGUGGCUGGACGCUGAGGGGAAGCUGCUCUCUGCUGGACUUCCAGAGACCCUCAGAGGUCCUGAUGACCUCUAUAGUGUCAGCAGCAGCGUGACGGUGGAGAAGAGACACAGAAACAGCUUCACCUGUAGAGUCCAGCAGAGGAACAUCAACCAGACCAGAGAGACUCUCAUCACGGUUCCAGAGGACUUCUUUGUGGCUCCUGCUGUUUGCACUCCUUGUGUUGCCUUCAGUGUGGUGUUUGCCUUCCUGUUUGUCAUCAUCGUUGUUGUCCUUCUGGUCUGGAGACGGAGACACAAGAUAACAGACACAAAGACACAGCAGUCUCUGAUGGAGGAGGAGAGAAGAAGAGAAGAUCUCAAGAAGAAAGAGGAAGAACAGAAGGAUUUAAUACAGAUUAUUGAUUUACUGACAGAACAGAACAAUGAACUGAUAGAACAGAGAGAUAAGGUUGGUGAGCAAAUGAAGAAGCUACAGAAACAAGAAGAGGAAAAUGAGGAGAAGGUUGAUUUAGUGGAGAAAGAUGAAAGAGAGAAGGAGGGAGAGAACAAAGGUCAUGGACUCCUCAAAAUGAGAAGAAUCAUAACAGAGAACAACUGGAAACUGCAGGAGAGGAAAGAAGAACUUCAACUACUGAGUGUGAACUUAGAUAAAAUAUCACAGAAAUGUAUGAACGACUUAAAGAGACUCACAGAGAAGAAGAAGAAUCUAGAUAUCGAUGUGGAGAAAAUAAAGAAACAGCUGGAGGAGAUACAGGGAGCGCAGUGA